AUGCAACAACUUUAUCAAGAUGUAUUAAAAGCUAUUCUAAUUUUGGAUCAAGACGGAAAACGUAUUUUGGGCAAAUAUUAUGACAAACAAAUACUUGCCACAGAAAAGGAGCAAUCUGCUUUUGAAAAAAAUCUUUUUCAAAAAACACACAAGGCUAACGCAGAAAUAAUUCUUUUUGACGGCUUUAUUUGUGUUUAUCGUUCAAACGUCGAUUUAUUUUUUUAUGUUAUUGGAAGUUGUAAUGAAAAUGAAUUAAUUUUGCAAAGCGUUUUGAAUUGUUUCUACGAGGAUUUUUAUAAGAAUGCUAGCAAUAUGGACGAAUCUAAAAGGUUUUUUUAAUUUUACCCUUCAAUUUAUUCUACGGGGGGGGGUCGCAGGUUCGAUGCCGCUCGAGUGUCAAUAUUUUUUAUUUUCGUUUAUUUUCAUUUCUAUGCUUAUUUUCCCCUAUUUUAUUAAUUUUUAUAGUGUUAUAUAUUUUUUGUGACCCCCUGGCCGUAGAAUGCCUGUCCGGGUUCAAACUUUUAUUUCCCUUCUAUUUGUAUUCUAUCCCCAUUCCUAGGCUUUCCACAUUCUAUAAACUUCUCAAAAAAUUUUUUUUAAAGUGUACAACAACA